GGCACGUCAUAUGCCUCGAUUGGCUCAUCAAACUAACAAAGAGGCAUUGUAUAUGAUGAAUCUGCACUGCCCCCCACGAUACGACCAAUGCCAACAAGUUCCGGGAGUCGUAGUCGGUGCAGCCCAAAUUUCUGAUCUCGCAUCUUCUCCCAGCCGUCGGCUCUGGACAUGAUCAUGACAUGAUCUUCAGGAACCGCGGGAAAAUUGACAGCUGUCCGAUCGAACGGAGGCCUGCGGAGGUCGGUUGAAGGCCCGGUUGGCCCAUAAUGCCGCUGAACCAGAUGGCAACGACAUAAAUAACACGCCUCUGGCAUCAGCGUUCAACGCUGGAUCCACUUGAGGCCGACUCAACUCCCUUGACGCCCCUCCAUUUCCUUGCCUUCGCCUGAUUACUCGCUUCGAGCUCAUCUUCAUCAAUAGGGUGUCUGACACGACAAUUUGCCGAAUCAGAGGGGAUGGAGAAGGCAUACGAGGAGCUGGUGUACUUUGCAGACGGGAAUAAGCUGGUCAACUACUUUGAAGUGUCCAUUACAGCAUUAUUCCUAUACGACUACUUCCUCAACCUGGGAGACGAGAUCCAAUACAUCUGGAGCCGACGCGGAUGGGGCAUGGGAAAGAGCCUAUAUAUCAUGGCUCGGUACAUCAAUUUUGCUAUUAUUCCCAUCACGCUCGCAGACCAACUUGAUUUCCCAACCCCAGAGAAAGCUUGUGCACCCUUGUUCUACGCAAGCACAGCAACACAGGCUUUUGCCAUCACAGUGUCGCAGUGUCUAUUCAGUCUGCGGAACUAUGCAAUGUGGAACGGAAAGCGCGCUGCAAUGAUACUCUCUAUCGUCAAUCUUGUGACUUCCCUCCUUAUCGUAAGCGUACUAUUAGCCACAUAUAUGCCUUCUAUAACGUUUGGACCAUCGCCUAUCCCAGCAAUCUCUGGUUGCUUCAAGACUGGGGGAAACAAUCAGGGGCUGUCUGGCACGUUUGUUGUUAUCAUUGCCAACGAAGCGAUUCUUUUAGGGUCAAUCCUGGUUAGGCUGCGGCAACAGACUCAGUCGAUGCAGAGCCACCUACUCGAGACGCUCAUGCGUGAUGGGGUCCUGUACUGCGCCGUGAUCUUUAUAUUGUCUGUGAUUAACGCUGCAGUUGAAUUCAGUGUGCCUAUCGCGUAUAUUGAAACGACUGAAAUGUUUCAGUCUGUGUUACAAACGGUCCUCGCCACCAACAUGCAGCUACACCUCUGUCGAGUUCACGAGACUACUUCGUCCCGCGGGGCACCCAGCGAACGGCUCAGCACCAUGCAAUUCUCUGACAGGGGCGGCAACCACACAGGUCCGGCCAAGAUGAAUGGUGACAACGUGGUCAUCAUUGAGCCGACCGACGGAGCUCUGUCGACGGACUGGUCGAAUUAUGAUCCACACACUACCGGGAUCGAAGGCUGCGUGGAAAUGUUUGAGAUGGGGGGGAUGAAGCGGAGUUGACUGGUUGGAGACGUUUGCGAUGUGGGGCUUGGGCAAAUCGUGACAUAUACCCUUCAAUUGAUUCCAGAUUUGUGUCUAGUGUCAUCGGCAAUCCA